UCCAUCACAAUUAGAUUUUGAAAGUAUAUUAACUUUUAUAUGUAACUUAUUAAUGUUAUUACUUCAUAAAAUUAUUUCAGAAGGCUUUCUACUAGGAUUCUUCAAUUGAUAGUGCGGUGCAGAUCCAAUGGGAGCGUAGGGCAGCAAGAAGAUACAGUGAUUUUGUUAGCAAACUAAAAGCAAAUAUGGUGCAACCGGAAACUAUUCCAAAUAAUGUGUGGGAAAGUUGGUUGAGACUUUGGAAAGAUCCUAAGUGUGUUGAAAAGUCAGAAAUAAAUGCAAAAAAUCAUUGUGGUGGGAGCGAAAUUGCCACUGGGACUCAUACAGGUUGCUCUAUCAGUGUUGGGGAGCAUCGCAAGAGACUU